UGGUUCCGUGCUGUUGGAGAGAGUGCCUGGUGUUCGUUUUGAAGCCCGUGCGCACAAUCUGCUCGAGGAGCCCUAGAUUGAUGCUUCGCAUGCGCUUGCGCUGAUGGCAGAGGAGAGGAGCGAUAUGAAGACGGAAGCGGAAGCAGCAAUGGAGGAUGUGGCAACCACGGAACAACCGAGGACGAAUAAUGUCUCGGGUGGAGAGGGGAAUAUUGCACGCGGCGAGAAUGUGUGCUGUAGAAUCAAGUCCACGGUUUAUUUGCCGGAUGCAAUUGAGGAUGUGUCGACCACGCAACAACCGAGGACGCAUAACGUCGCUUACGGAGAGGCGAAUAUUGCAUGCUGCGAGAAUGUGUGCUGUAGAAUCAAGUCGACGGUUUAUUUGCCGGAUGCAAUGCAGAUUACGGAUAUGAUAAAGCGACUUUCCUGUUGUGAUGGCGGAACAGGCUGUGCCCGACUUCUGAACGGUGCUCUCGAAUGCCAUGCUGCAGCUGACGUCAGCGGAUGCCGUGCCUUGGCCACGCGGGCCAAGGAUAUGGCGUGGAAGCGACUCCACACCGGGUCUUGGAAGGAUGUUCCCCACGUUUGGCGAGACGCGUUUGCUUUGGCGAGUUUGCUCGAAGGAAUAUUCGACGCGCUUGGUGAUCGACCAACGAAGAUGGAUGCGCUGCGGACCGUUGAUAUGGCGAUCAUGGUGGGAGGCCUAUUAUUUCGACCGGAGCUUGAUCAGCUCGGGGGCGAACUGCACGAAGCUCUCUACAAUGAGAGGAAGGAGAUGGCGAUUGCAAAACGGAGGAAGAGGGUUUUCCCUAAGGGUAUGAAAACCAAUUCAAUCAACGGUAUGGACCUCCAAACUGCAAAAGAGAGAGGGGUUGACGAUGACGUGCGGUCAUCCAUACAAGUAAUGAGAAAUCUGCAAAACUUGUCUAUGGAUCCUGACCAGGGUGUCGGCAUCGUGCGGCAUCUUCAAGUUAGCUCAGCGACAAGUAUGACGACGAUGACGUCAACCUCAACCGAGGAUCGUGCAGAAAGUACGCUAACGUCUUGUGAUGAGCGAGAAAGGGAAUUGCUGUGUGCACAAAACCGCGAGGAGUGCAUGGACACCGAACGAGAUGGCUGUUCCUUGGCGUCGUCAGAUCGUAGGACUUCUGACCAUUUCAAUGAGGAGAAUAGUGGCGCGCGUGGGAAGAGAAUUUGGGUGGACGACACAGCGUCAUUGCUUUGUCCUCGUCGCCAGAAACGUAAAUCGUUACGGCGGCAAAGACGAAGGGUAAAGGAGAUUCCCCUUCCGCCGGGAUCGUUUGUAAAUCAUCCUACGCAAUCGUCGCCGACACUUAUCGCAAGGAAAGAGCUCCCCACUCUUGAAGAGUUUCUGCUCGAUCACAUGCUACCGGAGGUGCCUGUGAUUAUCACAGGAGCGAUGCACAACUGGCCAGCCUGUGUCCGAUGGAAGGACUGCGAGUACCUGCGAAGUGUUGCGGGCGCUAGAACUGUACCGAUCGAGGUGGGCAAAAACUAUUUAGCAGAUGGAUGGCACCAAAGGUUCAUGACCUUGUCCGAUUUCAUUGACGAGUUUAUAGAUGUUAAUGAAUCGGGGGAGGAAGGGGAAGAUAUCGGGGUUGAGGGAGAGGAGGGAGGGGCCAAGGAAAAGAAGGAAGAACGAAGGGCUUAUCUUGCACAACAUCCAUUGUUUGAGCAUAUACCUCAGCUGAAGAUGGACAUCAUGGAGCCGGAGUACUGCGUCUUGGGAGGGGGAGAGAUGGAUAUCGUCAACGCAUGGUUUGGGCCCGCUGGGACGGUCACUCCGUUGCACGUAGACCCGUACCAAAACUUCUUGGCACAGAUCGUUGGCCGCAAGUACCUGCGACUCUACGACCCUCGGUAUCGCGAGAACAUGUACCCGCAUGGUGCCGACACCCUGGUCCGGAACACGAGCCGGGUGGACCUCGAUCUGGUUGACGAUGACGCCUUUCCUCGGUUCAAGGAGGCGCCGUUCGUCGAGUGCGUGCUGGAGGAAGGGGAGAUGCUAUACAUGCCACCUCUGUGGUGGCACUACGUGAAAUCUCUUUCUGUGAGCUUCUCUGUCAAUUUCUUCUGGAGUACGAGUCCGACUUCAGACGACUGUGAUGGUGGGCCGGUGGCGAAAAGUGAGAUGUAGGUAGGGACAUAGGUAGGCAAUCAGUUCGAGUGCGGAAGUCGUAGAGUCUCAGAGACAAAAAAUGAUAAAGUAGUCAUAGUAAAGCGGCCCAGAAGAG